AUGCCCGAACGUAAAGAUUCAGUUGAUAGUUUUGAUGAUUUUUUUGGUGUACCAAAGACAGAUAAUGAUAGAAGAAAAUCUUCAAUAAAACCAAAACAAAAUGAUACAUCAAACACAGCAGUUGUUAAAACUCAACCGAUUGUUGAACGUUCUCGAACUCCAACAAGAUCAGAAGAACGAAGACUUUCAUCACCAAAAUCAAACCCGACAGUAAAUAAUGCAAAAACAUCAUCAGCAGCAACAAACGGAUAUAAAAAUACAUCAUCAGAAAUGUCAAAUCGAGCAGAAUCAGUCCAAUCAAAAGUUUAUGAAUCAGAUUUUGAUAAUGAUAAUGGUUUUGAUGAUGAUGAAACAAUUGUUGAAAGUACAAAAGAAAGAAAAAAAAAACAUGGUUCAUUACCACCAUCUCAAAAACGUACAUAUGAAAUUCCUCGUCGUGGUAGUGAUUCAGAAUUAAAAAGUUCAUAUACAACUGCAAAUCAUAAUAAAACAAAAAAUGGAAAUAUUCGACGUAAUGAAACAAUUUUACCAUAUAUUCGACCAAAACAAAUUCGUCGACCAGGAGCUUAUCCAAUUCGUCGUCGUAAUGAAACUCAUUCAUCAUCAACAAAAAAUGAAAUGGAACAACGUGCAUUAUCAGCACAAAAUAAUAAAGUGAAAGCUCUUGAAUCUCGUCUAGCUGAAUUACGUCGUGAAUUAGAAGCUCAACGUAUUGAAAAUUCAACAUUACGUACAAUACAACGACGAGAAGAAAAAGCUAUUAAACAAUAUGAAGAAAAAGAAUUUGAUAUCCAUCGAAUUGUACGUGAUUUUACAUAUGAAAUCGAACAUAUGAAAGAAGUUUUAUCCAAUGAACGUGAAGUUAAAAUGAGACUUGAAAAACAAAUUGAAGCUCGUGAAGAAAAAUUACGUGAUCAAACAAAACGUAUUAAAAAAUAUGAAAAAAUUGUAGAAGAAAAAAAUCUUGAUGAACGUUAUGAAUUACAUGAAAAAUUAAAUGCAACAGAUAAAAAAUUACAAGAAGUUCAAGAAAAAUUAACUAAUCAAGAAAAAUAUAUUGACAAUUUAGAAAAAAAUCAUCGUCAUGAAAUUAAUCAAGAAAUAAUAAAACAACGUGAAUUAAAACGUCAACUUGAAAUGCGUUCACAAAAAUAUAAUGAUUUAUUACUUAAAUUUGAAGAUAAAACACGACAAAUUGAUACAAUGCAUAUAUAUGUACAACGUGGUGGUAAACGUCCAUCAGAUUCACCAACAAAUUUAUCUAAAUCACGUUCAUUACAAUCACUUCAAGAAACAUCAUCACAUUCACGAGACAAAAUAAAUGAUUAUGAUAAAAAACGACGUGAACAACAAGAACGAGAAAAAAAAUCAAAAUCACAACAACGAUCUUCUUCAAAUGAUUCUUCACCAAAACAUGAAAAGAAAAAAAUUCCACCAAAAAAAUUAUUACAAAAUACAACAACAACUACUAAAAAUUCAUCAAAUGAUGAAAAAUUCUCAACAACACAAAAUGGUCAUUUGCCACCCAAAGGAAAACCUCCUACGCGUCGUCUCUCAACACCAAAGAGCGUUGACGAAGAUAAAACUGAAAUGGAUAAUGAAGAUUUUUUUGGAUCAAAGCCUAAAAAAUUACCACCGCCAACAAAUAUUCAGCGAAGCGAACAACAUUUAUCUCACACACAACUUCAUAAACGUCCAAUAGCACCUAUUCCAUCAACAACUGAAUCAAAAUAUAAUUCAUCAGGAACUGGUGGAAAUACAUCAUCUUCAAUUUUUAAACUUACUGAACCAUCAGUACCAACAAAAUCUCGUACAACACGUCCACUCGAUGAAAAAUGGUCGGAUAUGUUUGGAAGCAAUGAAAAAGAAGAUUCAGCUAAAGAAGAUCUUCUUGCUAAAUUAGUUGCUGAUGAACAACAAGAACGAAGAUUAGCUGCUGCUGCUCAAUCAUCAUCUACGCAACGUCCAUCAAUGAAUAUGUUCGAAUCAUCAACACGUUCGACAGCAACAACACAACCAACAACAACAACAGCAAUGAAACCAUCUGCUGAUCCAUUUGAAUCAUUGUUUAGUACUAGUUCAAAUAAACCAACAGCAAAUCGUAAAAAUGAUCCAGAUGAUAUAUUUUCAACAAAAUCAUCAAAUCAACCAACAACAACACAAACUAAAGAUGAUACAUUUGAAUCAUUAUUUGGACCAUCGUCUACAGCUAAUAAUUCAACAACAGUUAAUUCAAAUUCAAAACAAUAUACAACACAAAAUGACAAAUUACAAAGACCAAAAAUUGUUACAAAUGCAACAAGAUCAAUACCAAAUAGGACAGUCGUUGAUGAAGUGGAGGAGUUUGUUUUAUAA